CUGCCUUUACCGAAGGGAUCUGGUGGAUUCCCCACUCUAGAGCCCGCUGAGUUGCUAAUCCUAUUGGAGGGUCAAGGGAUAAGCCUAGUGUUAUGAACCUGAAGUGAGUUCGCUCACCCAUUACCCAGCAAGCCACUCUGACAGCGGGAGUAGUGAAGGAAGUAGGAGUUUAUUGCAAAGCAUUGCAAAGCGCUGAGCAAGAACAGGCAGCUAACACUGUGAUCCUGAACUCGCCGAAAGCUACUUGCAAGGGUUUUUAUUUGGGAUUUUAGACAGGGGAGAGGGAGCAUGUAGCUGAAGUUUACAAUGAGUCACGGUAGCUUCUCAAGGCUCCUGCGAGAUGCCUCGGGUGGGGGUGGGUCCCAUCAUCAAGCUAUUCUCUUAUCAGCGGUGCUCCUCUUCUGCAAGGCAAGCUCAGAAACUGGUUAUUUUGUUUCCCACCUUAACCUUGUGGGUACAAGGUGCAGUUUCACCCUAGUCCAGGGAAAUUUUAACUCCUUCAUCCUCAGUUUCACUAGGAAGCUAAUCAAUAAAAACUAUCCAAUCAGGAGAAAAGAUGCGUUUAGGGUACAGGCUCUAGAUGCCGGCCCUUCAGGACUUUGUGUUGAGAGUUCUCAGUGGCCCCCACUAGGGCGGUGCUCUGGAUUUGGGGUCGGUGUGUCGCCCUGGGCAUGCUGCUCCCUCACGGAAAAACGUGCGGGAAGUCCCGGCAGCCGAGCCGGCUGGAGCGGGGCCCGCGUCCCCACGUGCCGGCGCUGGGCCUCCGGAGAGCUGCUUCCGCCCUGCGGGCUCCGCCCAGCUUGAAGCUCACUGGCUCAACGGAGGUAAGUGGCAGGUCCCGAGCCAAUGGAAGGUAAAGCCCGCCAGGCGCCGGCUCCCGAGGCUGCUUCCUGUCGGGCGGCCGUCCCGCGCGUGUGCAGUAGCGGGCUGCCGCCGUCGCAGACCCGGGGCGGUGGCCCAGCGCCCUUUAGCGCGGCGCUUGAUGAGCGUCCCCGAGCGCUUCUAAUCGAGCCUCGCUGCCCCGCGGUGCCUGCGGGGGCGGGGCCGCCGGGUCUGACCUCUGCCUAGCCCACGCCCACGGGGCGCUUCUCCGCUUCACGCCCGCAGCGGCCCAGCGUCGGCUGGGGGACCGGCUCGACGGAGCGGGGACCGCGCGGCCGCUGCAGCCCCAGAUAAGGCAGCUGCAGUGGCCCGCAAGGGGCUCGUCUCCAAGAAUCGCCUCGGGCUGUAGUCCCACCGUCCAGCGCAGCCGAGGGCGCUGUCAGGACAUGGCCGAGGAGCUCCCGGGGGCCUGGUUCGGCUUCGGUUUCUGCGGCUUCGGGCAGGCGCUGGGCUCGGGGCGCGCGCGCCGGGUGCUGAGCCCCGAGCCGCUGCGUGCGCCGGGCGCGGGCCUAGACGUGUACCGCGUGAGCGCCAGCUGGAGCUACACCGCCUUCGUGAGCCGUGGCGGCCGGCUGGAACUGGCGGGCGCGGCGGGCGGCGCAGCGGGCGGUUGCAGGGACGCGUGGGCCUCGGAGGCGCUGCUUGUGCUGUUGCGCGCGGGGCCGGGCCCCGAGCCUGGGGCGGAGCUGCAGGCCUGGGCGCCCGGGUCGGCGCUGCGCGGCGAACCCCUCUGGGUCCACACCGUGGAGGCAGAGGCCGAGGGGGAUGACGGACCGGGCGGCAAGCCCCAGGCCGGGCCGCUGCCCCUGCUGCCCUGCGCCCGCGCCUACGUGAGCCCGCGGCCGCCCUUCUACCGGCCUCUGGCCCCGGGGCUGCGGGCGCGCCGCCUGGAGCUGGGCGCUGAGCACGCGUUGCUGCUGGACGAGGCGGGCCAGGUGUUCUCCUGGGGCGGGGGCAGGCAUGGCCAGCUGGGCCACGGGACUCUGGAGGCAGAGCUGGAGCCGAGGCCGUUGGAGGCGCUGCAGGGCCUGCCCAUGGCUGAGGUGGCCGCAGGGGGCUGGCACUCUGUGAGUGUGAGUGAGACUGGGGAUGUUUAUAUCUGGGGCUGGAACGAGUCAGGGCAGCUGGCCCUGCCCACCAGGAGCCUGGCGGAGGAUGGAAAGACAGUCGCCGGGGAAGCCGCUGGACUGCAUGAAGGUGGUCCUGACGUGAAGAGCACAGCUGGCGGAGAGGAUGGCGCCCCUACCCCCUUCAUAGCUGUGCAGCCGUUCCCAGCUUUACUGGAUCUCCCGCGGGGCUCAGAGGCUGUGAAGGCCAGCUGUGGAUCUCGGCACACAGCAGUGGUGACAAGAACAGGAGAGCUCUACACCUGGGGUUGGGCCUUUUCUGUUUUCCGCAGACCAAACCAACCAAAAAGUGAUUUGGGAAAAAAACCAAACACCACAAUAUAUCUUUCUGAAAUGAAACCCCACUGAUGUCAUGGUCUGCCUGAUUGCUCUUGGCUGCCAGGUAUGAAGUGUCCUUAACGCUUUAAAAGCAGUCUCCCUCCUAGGCUGACUCCAUCUAGAUAUCCAGGCAGUUCUUCCUGUAACAGGGGAAGGGACCCAAGAACCUUAUGGGUGCCACACCAGCCACAGUGUGCUGUCCCUGCACCCACAUCUGUUCUGAUCACCUUCCCACACUCUACGUAUGUUUUCAUUUUUAGGAUUCCAACACUGUUUUUACUGGUUCUCCCCAGGGAUAUGUUUUGGGGCCCCAUCUGUUAUUCAUUUCAUCCUUGUUGGUGUCCUCAUUUAAGCCCCUGACUUGUGCUGGGCCAUAAUACAGCAACCUCUCAGCUAGGUCCACGGUAACUGUGGCAUGCUCUGAACUUGCCCAUGUCCUCCUGAUAUCCAGCUAUGGAGACAUUUCUUCUCAAGUAGCCAUUUUGGCUGGCUCAGUGGUAUGCAGCUUCUGGAUAUGAAAAAACCCACAAAGGCAGGUUUUUGGGUAACUUUCCCUUGCAUCACUAGUUACUUUUGCUUCCUAGGUAGUUCUUUUCAUUUUCGUUCAAAGAAAGAAUAGUAUAGUACCAUCUUGCCUGGCUUCUCCUCAGGGUUAAAAAAUUUUUAUAUGCCCUACAAGUUGAUAGCCAAAGAAAGCUUGUUUUUGAUCAAACCAUUGCAACACUUAUUAGCUUCUUCACCUCUCAACAGGGUGGGCAACCCUUUACAUAAGUGAACAUUACUUUGCUGGAACUAAUUAACCAGGCAGCGUGUUUCCUCACUUCUCAUGUCCAGUACCACCCUACCCUACAAAGAAACUUUCCACUUGCAGCCCUAAGUCAAAGCUCCUUCCUAAAUCUCAGACUCAAGCAGGAUCCCCGGAGACCCGACCAGGUACCUGAA